GUGCUGACAAGGCUGGGGAGACGCUGCAGUUCCCGCUGAGCCCGGCUGGGGCCGAAGGCCUUUGCAGAGGAUGAGGAUCCUUGCCAGCCCUGGAAUGUCUUCGCUGCUCUCCCUCGUGAACGUCCUCUCCGUGCUGCUCAUGGACUGCCUUGCUGAAAGUCCCCCUGUGUUCAUUAAAAAGCCUGUGGACCAGAUUGGUGUGUCAGGAGGGGUGGCCUCCUUCGUGUGCCAAGCCACUGGAGACCCGAAGCCAAGGGUCACCUGGAACAAGAAAGGGAAGAAAGUGAACUCUCAGAGGUUCGAGACCAUCGAAUUUGAUGAAAGUGCAGGUGCUGUUCUGAGGAUCCAGCCCCUCCGGACCCCCCGGGACGAGAACAUUUACGAAUGUGUAGCUCAGAACCCUCAUGGGGAGGUCACUGUGCACGCCAAGCUCACCGUGCUCCGAGAGGACCAGCUCCCUCCUGGCUUCCCCAACAUCGACAUGGGGCCGCAGCUGAAGGUGGUGGAGCGCACUCGCACGGCCACCAUGCUGUGCGCGGCCAGCGGCAACCCCGACCCCGAGAUCACCUGGUUCAAGGAUUUCCUGCCCGUCGACCCCAGCGCCAGCAACGGCAGAAUCAAACAGCUGAGAUCAGGUGGGCUGCAGAUCGAGAGCAGCGAGGAGACGGACCAGGGCAAGUACGAGUGCGUGGCCAGCAACAGCGCCGGGGUGCGCUACUCGUCCCCCGCUAACCUUUACGUGAGAGUUCGCCGUGUGGCCCCUCGCUUCUCCAUCCUCCCUGUCAGCCAUGAAAUCAUGCCCGGGGGCAACGUCAACAUCACCUGUGUGGCCGUGGGGUCCCCCAUGCCCUACGUGAAGUGGAUGCAGGGAGCAGAGGACCUGACCCCCGAGGAUGACAUGCCCGUGGGCAGGAACGUCCUGGAGCUCACGGAUGUCAAGGACUCUGCCAACUACACCUGCGUGGCCAUGUCCAGCCUGGGAGUCAUUGAGGCCGUUGCCCAGAUCACGGUGAAAUCACUUCCCAAGGCUCCUGGGACACCAGUGGUGACGGAGACAACAGCAACGAGUAUCACCAUCACCUGGGACUCUGGAAAUCCAGACCCCGUGUCCUACUAUGUCAUUGAGUACAAGUCCAAGAGCCAGGACGGACCGUACCAGAUCAAGGAGGACAUCACCACCACACGCUACAGCAUCGGGGGGCUCAGCCCCAACUCCGAGUACGAGAUCUGGGUCUCUGCAGUCAACAGCAUCGGGCAGGGUCCCCCCAGUGAGUCGGUGGUCACCCGCACUGGGGAACAAGCCCCCGCCAGCGCCCCCCGCAACGUGCAGGGUCGCAUGCUGAGCAGCACCACCAUGAUCAUCCAGUGGGAGGAACCCGUGGAGCCCAACGGGCAGAUCCGGGGCUACCGAGUCUAUUACACCAUGGAGCCCGACCAGCCCGUCAGCAACUGGCAGAAGCACAACGUGGAUGACAGCCUGCUGACCACCGUGGGCAGCCUGCUGGAGGACGAGACCUACACCGUGAGAGUGCUGGCCUUCACCUCCGUGGGGGACGGGCCCCUGUCCGACCCCAUCCAGGUUAAAACGCAGCAGGGAGUUCCCGGGCAGCCGAUGAACUUCCGAGCUGAGGCCAAGACCGAGACCAGCAUUGUGCUGUCGUGGAGCCCCCCACGGCAGGAGAUCAUUGUCAAGUACGAGCUGCUCUACAGGGAAGGAGAGCACAGCAAGGAGGUGCUGAAGAACUUCGAGCCCACGACGUCGUUCACGGUGGAAGGCCUGAAGCCCAACACUGAGUACGUGUUCCGGCUGGCCGCCCGCUCGGCCCUGGGGCUGGGGGCCUUCACCCCGGAGCUCCGAGAGCGCACCUUGCAGUCCAAACCGUCUGCCCCCCCUCAAGAUGUAAAAUGUGUCAGCACUCGCUCCACCGCCAUUCUGGUAAGUUGGCGGCCACCUCCGGCCGAGAGCCAGAACGGCGUCCUGGCCGGCUACAGCGUCCACUAUCGAGCGCUGGACUCGGAGGACACGGAGCUAAAGGAGGUGAAUGAUAUCCCCCCAACCACCAGUCAGAUCCUGCUGGAGUCCCUGGACAAGUGGACCGAGUACCGCGUCACCGUGGUGGCUCACACGGAGGUGGGGCCGGGCCCGGAGAGCUCGCCGGUCAUCGUCCGCACGGAUGAGGAUGUGCCCAGCGCCCCCCCGCGCAAGGUGGAGGUGGAGGUGCUCAACUCGACGGCCAUCCAGGUGUUCUGGCGCUCGCCGGUGCCGAGCCGGCAGCACGGCCAGAUCCGCGGCUACCAGGUGCACUACGUGCGCAUGGAGAACGGCGAGGCCAGGGGGCUGCCCCACAUCAAGGACAUCAUGCUGGCCGACGCCCAGGAAAUGAUCAUUGCUGGGCUCCAGCCUGAGACUGCCUAUUCCAUCACCGUGGCCGCCUACACCAUGAAGGGAGAUGGUGCUCGCAGCAAACCCAAAGUGGUCACCACCAAGGGUGCAGUCCCAGGGAAGCCCAUCCUGUCUGUGCACCAGACGGAGGAGAACACUCUGCUGGUGAAGUGGGAGCCCCCGCUGGGCGCCGAGGGCCAGGUGCUGGGCUACCGCCUGCAGUUCGGCCGCAAGGACGUGGAGCCCCUGGCCACGCUGGAGUUCUCAGCCCUGGAGGAUAAAUACAUCGCUGCCAGCAUCCACAAGGGAGCCACGUACGUGUUCAAGCUGGCCGUGAAGAGCCGGGCCGGCUUUGGGGAGGAAGCUGUGCAGGAACUCACCACCCCCGAAGACAUCCCCAAGGGCUACCCCCAGAUCCUGGAGGCCAGCAACGUCACGGCCAUGUCGGUGCAGUUUGGCUGGCUGCCCCCCGUGCUGGCCGAGCGCAACGGAGCCAUCGUCAAGUACACCGUGGCGUACCGGGAAGCCGGUUCUCCCGGGAACCUGCUGGAAAAAGAGCUGCCCCCCUCCCCAGAGAACUCGUACACCCUCAACGGCCUCAAACCCAACACCGCCUACGAUGUUAAAAUCCGUGCUCACACCAGUAAAGGCCCCGGGCCCUACAGCCCGACCGUCCAGUAUCGGACGUUCCAGCUGGACCAAGUUUUACCCAAAAACUUCAAGGUGAAGAUGGUGACAAAGACAUCUGUCCUUCUGAGCUGGGAGUUCCCUGAGAAUUACAACUCUCCUACCCCCUACAAGAUCCAGUACAACGGGCUGCACGUGGACGUGGACGGACGAACCACCAAGAAACUCAUCACCCACCUGAGGCCCCGCACCUUCUACAACUUCGUGCUGAUGAACCAGGGCAACAGCAUGGGGGGGCUGCAGCAGAACGUGGCAGCCUGGACUGCUGCUGACAUGUUGUCCAAGAAGCCAGAGGUGACCCACAAGCCUGACGCUGAUGGCAAUGUGGUGGUGAUUCUCCCUGACGUGAAGAGCUCUGUGCCUGUCCAAGCUUUCUACAUUGUGGUGGUGCCUCUGAGGAAGUCCCGGGGAGGACAAUUCCUCAACCCCCUGGGCAGCCCUGAGGAGAUGGACCUGGAGGAGCUGGUCCAGGACAUCGCGCGGCUGCGGCGCCGGAGCCUGCGGCACUCGCGGCAGCUGGAGCUCCCCAAGCCCUACAUCGCCGCCCGCUUCCGCUCGCUGCCCUCCCACUUCAUCCUGGGGGACAUGAAACACUACGACAACUUCGAGAACAGAGCCCUGGAGCCGGGACAGAAAUACGUGCUCUUCAUCCUGGCCGUGCUGCAGGAGCCCGAGGCUACCUAUGCUGCCAGUCCCUUCUCUGACCCCAUCCAGCUGGACAACCCUGACCCCCAGCCCAUCAUCGAUGGUGAGGAGGGGCUCAUCUGGGUCAUCGGGCCCGUCCUGGCCGUGGUCUUCAUCAUCUGCAUCGUCAUCGCCAUCCUGCUCUACAAAAACAAACCAGACAGCAAACGGAAAGAUUCAGAGCCACGGACCAAGUGCCUCCUGAACAACGCUGAAAUCGCCCCCCACCACCCCAAGGACCCCGUGGAAAUGAGGAGAAUCAACUUCCAGACUCCGGGUAUGCUCAGCCACCCACCCAUCCCUGUUUCCGAGCUGGCUGAACACACAGAGCAUCUCAAAGCUAAUGAUAACCUGAAAUUAUCCCAAGAGUAUGAGUCCAUCGACCCUGGCCAGCAGUUCACCUGGGAGCACUCCAACCUGGAGGUGAACAAGCCCAAGAACCGCUACGCCAACGUGAUCGCCUACGACCACUCGCGGGUGAUCCUGCUGCCCAUCGAAGGGAUUGUGGGCAGUGAUUACAUCAAUGCCAACUACAUCGACGGGUACCGGAAGCAGAACGCCUACAUCGCCACCCAGGGACCCCUGCCAGAGACCUUCGGGGACUUCUGGAGGAUGGUGUGGGAGCAGCGCUCAGCCACCAUUGUCAUGAUGACUAAGCUGGAGGAGAAAUCACGGAUAAAGUGCGACCAGUACUGGCCAGGCCGAGGUGCAGACACCUACGGGAUGAUCCAGGUGACCCUGCUGGACACCAUCGAACUGGCCACGUUCUGCGUGCGGACGUUCUCCCUGCACAAGAACGGCUCCAGCGAGAAGCGCGAGGUGCGGCAGUUCCAGUUCACAGCGUGGCCCGACCACGGCGUGCCCGAGUACCCCACGCCCUUCCUGGCCUUCCUCAGGAGGGUGAAAACCUGCAACCCCCCGGAUGCUGGGCCCAUCGUGGUGCACUGCAGGUACAGCUCCCUUCCCCUGGGAGGGAGGCUGUGGGUUUACCUGGGGACAGGGACGGCUCUGAGCCAGAGGUGGAUUCCCAGGCAGAACCUGAGAAGGAAACCUGGGGGAUUCCAUUGGCCACAGCAUUUCCUGAGACGCCUCGCCAACUCCAAGGCCCACACCUCGCGUUUCAUCAGCGCCAACCUGCCCUGCAACAAGUUCAAGAACCGCCUGGUGAACAUCAUGCCCUACGAGAGCACCCGCGUGUGCCUGCAGCCCAUCCGCGGCGUCGAGGGCUCCGAUUACAUCAACGCCAGCUUCAUCGACGGCUACAGGAAGCAGAAAGCCUACAUAGCCACACAGGGGCCACUGGCCGAGACCACCGAGGAUUUCUGGAGGAUGCUCUGGGAAAACAACUCCACCAUCGUCGUGAUGCUGACAAAGCUUCGCGAGAUGGGGCGGGAGAAGUGCCAUCAGUACUGGCCCGCGGAGCGCUCGGCACGGUACCAGUACUUCGUCGUGGACCCCAUGGCUGAGUACAACAUGCCCCAGUACAUCCUGAGGGAGUUCAAGGUCACAGAUGCCAGGGAUGGUCAGUCACGAACGGUUCGUCAGUUCCAGUUCACUGACUGGCCAGAACAAGGUGUGCCAAAAUCAGGAGAAGGUUUUAUCGACUUCAUUGGGCAGGUACACAAGACCAAGGAGCAGUUUGGCCAGGAUGGCCCCAUCUCUGUCCACUGCAGUGCUGGCGUGGGCAGGACCGGGGUGUUCAUCACCCUGAGCAUCGUGCUGGAGCGGAUGCGCUACGAGGGCGUUGUAGAUAUUUUCCAGACAGUGAAGAUGCUGCGAACACAACGACCUGCAAUGGUGCAAACAGAGGAUGAAUACCAGUUCUGUUACCAGGCAGCUCUGGAGUAUCUGGGAAGUUUUGAUCACUAUGCAACAUAAAAAGCCAUCGUUGUGCAGACUCUACCAACCACUUCAGUCCUGGAAGGCCUCUUCUGACCCAGGAGGAGAGCUUGAACUUACAAAACUGACUCAGAAGAAGAACCUUUUCAUCUGGACAGUGCAUCGGGAGCAGGGGGGAGGAUUGGAAGGAACACCCCUUGGGGAACUCCAAGUUGUGACCUGGCCCUGCAGGGGCAGCUCGGGAGGGCUGCUCAGAACUGCUCUGGAACCUCAGGAGGUGUUUGCUGGGGAGGACAGAUGGACACGGGGACACUGAUCCAAAAGCUCCGACACACCUUGGGAACUGUUUCUGCUGGAGAAGGGAAGGAAAAACCGACUUUGGUUACAUCAUUAGAGUUCAGUUUCUUUACUAAUAUAGUUGGCAGUCUUUAAAGGAAGUCACUUGCAGAAUUGAAGGUGUUCUGUGAAAGAAAAGGAAGAAAUCUCAACACUUAGGCAAACUUAGGGUCAGGAGUUCUUCUAGCUGGAGUCUUAAUAACCUCAGUAUCAGCAUUGGGAUGAUUCUGGGCUUGCAGGCACCUUGCAAACAGCAUUCACGGGAUGCCCCUGCCACGCCAGAGGUUUUAUAGCUCACAUUUUGAAUACUUGGAACAUUCCUCAUUUCUUCUAAUUCCAAAAUUUAUUUUUUAGGAUAUUUAAAAGGCUAGAGAAAGAGCGAGAGUGACAACCCCCAGAGCUGGCUGUGGGGGGCAGCCCCUCCCCUUGCUGGGGGCUGGGGUCUCUGGGGGUUCCUGGGCCCCUUCCCAGCACAUCUGGCUUUCCUUGGAGCAGGGUGGGAGGAAAUGCAGCCCCUUGCCCAGGCUC